AUGCAGUCGCAACGAGACACGGAACCGGAAUAUAGGAAUCGCGGAAGAGAAGCAAAUGCAGAAGCCAUGCAAAUGCGACGUAAGACGAAUCCACAGCAUAGGCAAAGUGAAAGAACAGCGAAUUCUGCUGCAAUGAGCAUACCCAGAAUCGUAGAUUUCCAUAUCGUCAGAGGGAACAGCGCGCAAACAAUGAAGCAAUGGAGGUCUCGCAGGAAACAGGACGAUGCGUACAAUGAGAACCAACGUUGA